AAUCAAUUCAGUUGGAAUAAUUGUAUAAAUAUAAAACAUCUAUAUAAAAGAAUAUUUAUUUCAAAUUUACAGUUAGUCAGAGAAUUGCAACAUUCACUUGUUGUUGUAAUUAAUUUAUACUCAUAAUAUUUUUAUAAUUAUGAAAUAUUUUAGACUUAUAAUUAUUGGUCUAAUAAUCACCAAUAUAACAGCUAAAAGAUUAAAAAAAAGACAAUGGGAUAAUUAUUACUCUGAAGAACCAGAAAUUUUCAAUGAUGAAAUAAAAGAAGAAGAACCAAAAACAUUUAUUUCUACAAUAAAAAAUGAAACAAUGGGAGUAUUUAGAAAAUACAAUAGAAAUUCUGAAAAAUGGGAACCAUUUGAAUUUGUUAAAAAUAGUGAAUCAAAUAUUGGACCAGAUGAAAAUUCAGAGCAAACGAAACAACAAAAUAUUGAUAUGCCUGAUAAAAUGGUAAUUGGUAAAAGAGUUAGUGGAUGGGGAAGAAUUUCAGGACCACAAGAAUGCGCACGUCAAUGUGUAGCUGGUGAACAACCAAAAAUAUGUUAUUUUGAUUGGACGGCAAAUUAUUACAGUACACUUAGCGGGGCAUGUGCUUUGUGUGUACCAAAAACAAAUUCAUCAAUUGUAAAUGAUUGUGAAUGUAUAUAUGGUGAUGGUUAUAAUAUUUCUGGUAUGACAACAAUAAAUAGAAUGUAUCCUGGACCAUCAAUACAAGUUUGUCUUGGUGAUUUAGUUGUUGUUGAUUUAACAAAUAAUAUGGAUGGUAGCGAAAUGACAAUUCAUUGGCAUGGAAUAUAUCAAAGAAAUUAUCAAUUCUAUGAUGGUGUACCACUUAUAACACAGUGUCCAAUUAAAAGUAGAACAACAUUUAGAUAUCAAUGGGUAGCACAAAAUAUUGGUACACAUUGGUGGCAUUCACAUACUGGUCUUCAACAAGCUAAACUGUUAAAUGGUAUGAUUGUCAUUCGUGAGCCAAAAGAAAAUGAUCCUAAUAAUAAAUUAUAUGAUCGUGAUGAUGUUGAUAAUCAUAUUUUUUUGGGUGAUUGGAUGCAUGUACUUCCUGAUCAACAUUUUCCUGGUGCAUUUGGUCCACCUGUUGUUGGCCAAAGAGCCGACAAUAUUCUUAUUAAUGGACAAGGGCAAUGGCUUGAUCCAGCAACUGGUAAAUUUACAACUACACCACUUACAACUAUAAAUGUUAAACCAGGACUUAGAUAUCGUUUUCGUAUGGUCAAUUCUGGCAAUUGGGAUUGUCCAAUGCAAUUGACAAUACAAAAUCAUGAUUUAACAAUUAUCGCAUCUGAUGGAGACAAUGUUAGGCCUCGUGUUGUCAAUACAAUUACAUUAUUUCCUGCUGAACGUUAUGAUUUUAUAUUGAAUGCAAAUCAAAGACCUGGAGUAUUUUGGAUACAAGUUAGAUUAAUUGGUUUUUGUUUCGAUCAAGAAAUUAUUCAAUGGGGAAUUUUACGUUAUUCAGUACCAGGUUUAUCGUCACAGCCAUCAUUAGCAAGGCCAACUUAUAAUAAUCCUCUUUCAACUGGAAUUAUAUUUAAUAAUAUAAACGAAGUUUGUAAUGGUAUGAAUCCUACAGCUGUUUGUGUUAAAAAUUUAGAAUCAGCUGAUCCAGUUGAUCCACGAAUACUUGCAGAUAAAACGGAUUACCAAUUUUUUUUACCAUUUACAUUUUAUUCUUACGAUAGAAAUAUGCUGUUCAGAGCUGGCACUGCUGAUCCGUUUUUGAACCCAGGUGGUGGCCCAGCAGGAGUUGUACCAUUAGUAAAUGGAAUAUCAAAUGUAUUGCCUACAUCACCUUUAUUAACACAAGCUAGAAAUAUUCCUGAAUCACAAAUUUGCAAUGGAAACAGAAAACCAAGUCAUUGUUUGAAUAAUCCAGUUUGUCAAUGUACACACGUUAUUCGUGUACCUCUCGACGCAUCUGUUGAAAUUAUCAUGUAUGAUGAUGAUCGAACAGCAAAUUUAUCACAUCCAUUUCAUUUACAUGGAUAUGGUUUUCAUGUGAUGGCUCAAGGCUCACAGAAUGAUGUUAAAUUAACAUCACAAAAUAUACACAGAGCACUGCAACUUGAUCAACAAAGAUACAAAUUCAACAGUCGGCCACCAGUGAAAGACGUUUUGGCAGUUCCACCAAAUGGAUACACAAUUGUUAGAUUUAUUGCUGAUAAUCCAGGAUAUUGGUUUUAUCAUUGUCACAUAUUACCACAUUUGUUGACUGGAAUGUCUCUUACUUUUCAUGUUGGCACAGAAAGUGAUCUUCCACUUACACCUGAACAUUUUCCAACUUGUGGAAACUUCAAGCCACCGGUUUCAUUCCAUUAUAAUUAAUUUAUCAACAUGAUCAAUAAUUAUAAAUCAUAUAUUAUUUUUUAUAAGCGAUUGUUUUAUAAUCAAUGAUAAUAAAUUUCUUUUAUUUUUGCUUUUAUUGUUUCAAUAAUGCCAUUUUGGAAAAAACUUGCAUUAUAAAAUUAUUCAACACAAAAGAAUAACUUGAGGAGCUUCGAGAAAUUAUUUUAUUAUUUCAUUUUCAAAAUAUAAUAGCUUUUCAUUGAAAAUAAAAACCAUAAAGAUGAUCGAAAAUAUCACCAAAUCUCUUGGUUAACCAAGGAAUAUCAUGGGAACUUUAAGAAAUUAUGAAUAGCCUUCUACAAAAAAUAGUUUCGAUUAUUUGGCGAACCAAGAGCUAACUUGGAAGAUAAAAAAACUAAUGUAUUUUGAAAAAGAAAAUGAUGAAUAUAUAAUAAAAUAAUGUAAAUAAUAAAUAUCUUGAAUAUUAAA